AUGCCUACAGGAAAUGUCACUAAAACUUUUACGGCCACCACUCAAGGUCUAGUUAAUCCAGACAUUGUCACUUUCUUUUUGACCUUUAAUCUUACAAUUUGUGGUAACGUGCUUGGUAUUCUAGGAAUUCUGGGAAAUGUUGUUAGUCUUGCCAACUUCCUUAAAGACGGAGUGCAGGACAGCGUGAGUAUAACACUGAGUGCCCUGGUCUUUAGCGACAUCGGGGCGUUGUUUACUCAAAUGUUUAUCAACGUGUUGAUAAGUCCGUUCUGGAACAACAUUGAUCAUCCUUUCUACACGUUUUCAAUCGUGUCAGCCUUGCUUGUAUAUCCACGUGAGUACUUCAUUCGAGUGAGCGGUAUCAUCACUGUGUUCGCCACGUUUGAGCGAUGUCUAUGUGUUAUCAUACCCUUCAGAGUCAAGAGAAUCAUCACUCGAGACGUCGCUAUUAUCGUCAACAUGUGCAUCUUUCUUGUGACCUUUCUGUACUUAUUUCCACCUUACUUUGUUACUUAUCUUGACUGGAGAGAAGAUGAAAGGAAAAAUAAGAGUUUGAUAGUUAUUGUCUACCGGGACAACGCUGAGAGCGUUCUCAAAGUUUCCUACAUGGUAACAGAUCUUUUCCUCCCAUAUUGUACGUUCUUUGUUCUGAUUGUUUGCAAUACUGUUAUCGUCGUGACUCUCAAGUCUAAAUCAAAGUGGAGACAAUCCGUUACUAAAAGUUCUGAGAAACAGGAUAUAUCUACCAAAGAGAAAAAGUUGGUCCUCAUGCUGGUUACUGUGUCAACAAUCUUCAUCGGUUGCCUCUUUCCACAGUCUGCAAUGCUGACUGCAGUCGGCGUCGUGCGUGAGUUGAAGCUGAAUGGACUUUACUUUGAUGUGUCUCUGUUGGUCUAUUCCUUCACGUUUCUACUGGAGACCAUCAACUGUAGUGUCAAUAUCAUAGUCUAUUACAACAUGAGCUCAAAGUUUAGAGACAGGCUACAAGAGUGGUUUCCUUGCCUUAAUCCUAAAAGCUAA